AGAAGUGGAAAACGGUUGGUUGGCUGCCACCACACGACAGGGAUGGAAGAAAAUGACGAAUGGUCUCUGAAAUUAACGGAGCAGCUUUUGGUGUUUGUGUUUGGAAGGAGUUAGUGUUGCCUCAGUGCCGCUGUCCACUUUCAUUGGCUUCCACACGUAUUCAUCAGAGCGAGCUGAAAGGUCAACCAGAGAUACCUAUGGCCACGCUCUCAACGUUCAAGCCCGAUAUACUGAAAGGCAAGGUUGCUCUUCUCACAGGAGGCGGCUCCGGAAUUGGCUUCGAAAUUUCCGCUCAAUUUGGCAAACAUGGUGCUUCUGUUGCCAUCAUGGGUCGACGCAAGCAAGUUCUCGAUUCUGCUGUUUCUGCUCUCCGCUCACUUGGAAUUCCGGCUGUUGGUUUUGAGGGGGAUGUUCGUAAGCAAGAAGAUGCGAAAAGAGUUGUGGAGUCAACUUAUAACCACUUUGGAAGGAUCGACAUUCUUGUGAAUGCUGCAGCUGGAAACUUUUUAGUAGCAGCUGAGGAUCUGUCUCCUAAAGGAUUCCAAACAGUUAUGGAUAUUGACUCUGUCGGCACAUUUACAAUGUGCCAUGAAGCAUUAAAAUAUCUCAAGAAAGGAGGACAAGGAAGAAGCUCUUCUGGUGGGGGAACAAUAUUAAACAUUAGUGCUACCUUGCAUUAUACAGCUUCUUGGUAUCAAAUCCAUGUCUCUGCAGCUAAGGCAGCUGUUGACGCUGUUACCAGAAACUUAGCUCUAGAAUGGGGAACAGACUAUGAUAUUAGGGUCAAUGGGAUUGCACCCGGUCCUAUUGGUGACACUCCUGGCAUGAGUAAACUUGAUCCUGAGGAAAUAAAAAACAAAACCAGAGAUCACAUGCCGUUGUUCAAAAUCGGGGAUAAAUGGGAUAUUGCCAUGGCUGCUCUCUACCUUGUGUCAGAUGCAGGAAAAUUUGUCAAUGGUACCACUCUGAUAGUUGAUGGAGGACUAUGGCUGAGCAGACCUCGUCAUCUUCCCAAGGAGGCGGUGAAGCAGGUUUCCAGAGCAGUAGAAAAGAGGUCCAGAAUUCAACCAGUUGCUGUUCCAAAAAGCAAGUUGUGAGAAUGAGACUUCACUUUCUACGAACCUGCAAAUUUAUUUCUUUUUACAGAUUAUGACUGGAAUUUUCCUAUACUCAUUGUGGGAAUAUUAGCUCUCCUGCUUGCACUGAGAAGCUUUCGUAUUGUUUUGAUCUUUCUGUAGAACAGUAAUUUAUAGUCGUGGCUAGUUUUUGUAUGCAGGAUUACCUGUCCUUCAAUUAAUAAACAUAAUGCGUCCUUUUAUAGACAAUAAUUUUAAGCUGAACAUUUUCAA